CACUGGCCUGCGAUAAUAAUAUUAUUAUGAUACCUUAUUAUUUCGUUUGCGACAGUGACUGUCGGAUAUUUCAGUACUCCACAGGUGUUAAAUUUAACGUCAAACCGUGGUAAAACGGUAUUCGACCCAACAAUUUCGUAAUUUAAUUUUGGUGAAACAUUAAGUAUACAAAUCUCACGUACCCGUACUAGAUUAUAUAAGAUUGUAUUGUGUUAUUUAUGAAUGUAUAUGAGGAUAUGACAUUAUAAUAUAUGUUUAAUCUAAUAAAAGUUAACAAAAAAAUGUUCUUCUGCGGUCUAAUUAGAUACGAAAAGUGCUGAUUAAACCUAAUAUGGAACAUCAAAAUAAUGCCGAUGAAUCUGAACCUGGAAUUCGCUCAAUGAAUGAAACCACACAAUACUAUGAUAAUGUUACAGCCGAUAAUACUAGUAUUGAAACAGAGACAUUAAAUGAAAAGCGAAAAAAUUAUUUAAGCUGGGAUGAUUUUUUUAUGGCAACAGCAUUUUUGGUUGCUAAACGUAGUAAAGAUCCAGUAACUCAAGUUGGUGCAUGUAUUGUUACUCCAGACAAAAAAAUUGUAGGCACAGGAUAUAAUGGAAUGCCUAUUGGAUGUAACGAUGAUAACUUUCCAUGGGGUAAAAAUAAUCCAUCAAAGUUAGAAAACAAAUAUUUCUAUGUAUGCCAUGCUGAAAUGAAUGCUGUAUUAAAUAAAAAUUCUAUGGAUGUACGUAAUUGUACCAUAUAUGUGGCACUUUUCCCAUGUAAUGAAUGUGCAAAAAUAAUUAUCCAAUCAGGUAUCAAAGAAGUAGUGUAUUUGUCCGAUAAGUAUAGCUUCAAACCGGAAAUGAUUGCAUCUAAAAGGAUGUUUAAAGCAUCAGGUGUAUCUUUCAGACAACACACUCCAUCUAAACAGCAACUUGUACUUGAUUUUUCAGAAAUUAAUUCAAAUAUGACACAAAUGCCUAGUACUCCAGACAAAUCAAAUUAUAAAUAGCGUUAUUUUAAUUGUAUAACAGUAUUUGACUCAACUAAAUUUUGGUUACUUUUUAUAACCAAUAAUAUUUAAUAUUGAAUAUUACCUGUGAUAAUUUUCCUCAAUAAUUGAAAAUCAAAUCACAAAACUAUUUCCUUUAGUAAAUUUUAUAAUAUCUAUUUAUACUAGUUUUGUAAUUGCAACAUAUUAAAAAAACUAUUUUUCACUCCAAAUGUAGUUUUAAUUUUAUUAUAAUAAACAAUUAAAUACGCUGACAGCAAAAAUCUUCAAAACUAUGUAAUAUGUAUAUAAAUAGACCAGUUGCAUUGCAUUAUCAAUUUUCAAUGGACAAUUUGAAAUCCUAAGUUAGCCCUACUAUUUGUUUUUAGUUUGAGUUAGUAUCUGAUCCAUCUCACUAGUUAGAAUUAAAAUAUAAUAAUGUGUAAUGAAAUAUUUUUAAAUAAUAAUAAAAUAAUAAAUGUA